AUGAAGUCAGUUGUAUUAGAACUUGAAGGGACCCUCCUGAAGGACCCUGACCCUUUCUCUUACUUCAUGCUUGUUGCCUUCGAGGCCUGUGGCUUGAUUCGUUUCUCCUUAUUGCUAUUGGUCUGGCCGGUAAUCUUCCUACUUGACCUGCUGGGUAUGGGGGAUGCUGGUCUCAAGCUAACCAUCUUUGUUGCCUUCGCCGGAGUACGUGAAUCCAAGAUUGAGUCCGUGGCACGAGCAGUGUUGCCCAAAUUCUAUAUGAAUGACUUGGAUAUGGAGGCCUGGAGGGUGUUUAGCUCUUACGACAAGAGGGUAGUGGUGACUAAGACCCCUAGGGUGAUGGUGGAGAGAUUUGUGAAGGAACAUCUUCGUGCCCAUCAGGUUAUUGGGAGGGAGCUUGUGGUGAACCGUUUAGGGUUGGCCACUGGUUUUGUAAAGGACGAAUUUGGUUCUCCGUCCUUCCAGUCUCUCUGUAAGGAAAAACUCCAUAGACCAUUGAUUGGCAACUGGAUGGGUGAUGACGACCAAUUCGUUCGGCCGGUGCCGGUAAUCUUCCAUGAUGGUCGAUUAGUGAAGCGUCCGACGCCGUCUACUGCACUCGUCAUCCUCCUAUGGUUUCCAGUGGGAAUCAUACUAGCAACAAUACGCAUUGUGGUGGGCCUGAUGCUACCCAUGUCUAUCUUCCUCUACAUCAUCCCAUUAUUUGGUAUGAAAAUCAUCGUCAAAGGCAAGCCACCACCAACUUCACCGGCUUCCAGAACGAACACCGGUGUUCUCUUCGUGUGCACUCACCGCACCCUACUAGACCCCGUCGCCCUAUCCAUCGUAAUGGGCCGUAAGGUCUCGGCGGUCACCUACUCGAUUUCACGUUUUUCUGAGAUCCUAUCGCCGAUACCCACCGUCCGGCUGACGAGGAAGAGGGACGUGGACGCAGAGAGGAUUAAGAGAGAACUAACCAAAGGUGACCUAGUUGUAUGCCCCGAGGGCACAACAUGUCGUGAGCCAUUUCUCUUGAGGUUUAGUGCACUGUUUGCAGAAUUGACGAAUCAGAUCGUGCCGGUGGCCAUGAACUGUAGGGUUGGGUUCUUCCAUGCGACCACUGCAAGGGGUUGGAAGGCGUUGGACCACAUUUACUUCUUCAUGAACCCUAGCCCAGUUUAUGAGGUGACUUUCUUGAACCAGUUACCAGUGGAGGCUACCUGCUCAGCCGGAAAGAAUCCACAUGAUGUAGCAAAUUACGUGCAGGGGAUCUUAGGGGAGACACUAGGGUUUGAGUGCACCAAGUUCACUAGGAAGGACAAGUAUCGGGUGCUGGCAGGGACGACGGGAUAG